AUGUCUGCGGAUUCAAUCACCUCUACCCGAAGCGGGAUCCCUCCCAUCCUCAAAUGCCCAUUCGAGAUUAGGCUGAUGAUCUACCGAAUCCUAAUUCCUUCAAUUGACCCUUCGGCAGACUUCGACUGGACAUCGGCUUGGGAUCCAAACCACCCGAAAUCUCGCUGCGAAGAGCACAAACUCUACUCACCGCCGAUCCUCCACACAAACCAAAUGAUCUAUCGAGAAGUCUUGAACGAACUUUAUUGUUUCCUACCUUAUCGGACAUCAAUCAGCAACUAUGGUAUUCGAUUCUUGGGCUACACAUUCAUAAAACCGCCCCCAGCUUUUCAAUACGUACACACCCUGGAUCUCACGAUUCAAAUCAAUAGCUACUCUCACACAAAGAUUGCCAACAUCUUGAAGUCUUGUGUGGAGACUAGCUGCGCAAACGGACACUUGCGUCGAUUACAAAUUGGUCUCUCCUUUAGCUUACAAUGUUUUCAAUCGAAUAGGGGGAAUUCUACUGAUCUUCGAAAAAUGUUGGAGAAGAAUCUGUAUCCAUUACGAAGGAACCUUCGUCGCCUAAAUCAAUUCGUCGUCAGGAGAGUAUCGGAUAAAGACAUUUCAAGUUCCAAUCGAAGUGUCUCGGGCUCGUUUCUGGUACAGAGAGAAGAGUUCUUGGAUACCGUUCAGGGGUUUUUGAAUCAGUUGGCAAGGGAGGUGAUGGAUCGGUGUAAUCCUGCCAAGACAACUGAGUGUGAUUGCAAGUCGUAUGCUUUGCUUCAGAGAUGA